ACUGCACUGCUGAUGUCUCCAGAGGCACUUGAGCUGCAAGGAUGAGAGAUUAGGUGUGCAUCCUGGGCUGAAGCUUCUGAGUGGACCAGGAGAAGCAUAUUGGCCUCAGCUGGACUCAUGUGGGCCAAGCCAAAACUCCUUCGUGGUCCUCAGCACACACUGUAGUGAUAGCAGCCAAGAUGCCAGCUCUUUUCCUCUGAUUUUCAGACAUGAAGAUCGAUCUCUGCUCAUUAUGACGUGAGUGUGGGAGACCCUGAGACACUGUCCUGGGAACUGAGCAGGUGGUAAUGUCUUACUAGGCUGGAAAUCACUGUGGUGACAAGGUGACGGAGUAGUCACCAUGGUGAUGGGGAUGGAGGCCUUUGGCCAUAAGUCCCAGUUUUCUGCAUGGCAGCUCUAAUGACAGAAUGGUCACUAUGGCAACCACGGCCCUCUCAGGAGCACAGAGGCCCUGCAGGAGAGUCCCUUACUCCACACCUGGCUAGAGCAGGAAGUACCGAGUGCUACUGAGCCCAGGGAAGCUGGUUGGAGUGUGAGGGACACAGUCACUUGUGGCCUCAUUACUCAAAAGCCGUCCCCAAGCCACUGGAGGAUACAGACCUUUUCUGCUGAGUCUGUCUAGUGGACAGCAAGCCCUCACAGCUCAGCAUAGCCAGAGAGAAAGUCGACUAGCACUGAGGACGCUGCCUCAGAGACGCCAUGGCCCUGCCUAGAGAACACCCGGCCUGAUGAGGCCUUAGCAAGGAGUAGUCCAGAAGAGAACAAUGAAAAGGAGGAAAUUGUAAUUGAACUUCAAACCCCAAAGCAACCUGAGGUAGACCAUAUUCUCCCAGAGGCCCAGGGCUGGCUGUGCUCAGUGCUGGGGAGAAGCCUGGGAUAUCUCUGCUUUGGAAACCUGGUAGGAAAGGCUGGGGCCCAGCUCCCCCGAGCUGGCUGCUGUGCAGAUGCUGGAUGACAGAGCCAGGAUGGAGGCUGCCAAGAAGGAGAAGGUGGAGCAGAUCCUGGCAGAGUUCCAACUGCAGGAGGAAGACCUGAAGAAGGUGAUGAGACGGAUGCAGAAGGAGAUGGACCGUGGCCUGAGGCUGGAGACCCACGAAGAGGCCAGCGUGAAGAUGCUGCCCACCUACGUGCGUUCCACCCCAGAAGGCUCAGAAGUUGGAGACUUCCUUUCCCUGGACCUGGGCGGCACCAACUUCAGGGUGAUGCUGGUGAAGGUGGGGGAGGGUGAGGCAGGGCAGUGGAGUGUGAAGACCAAACAUCAGAUGUACUCCAUCCCCGAGGACGCCAUGACGGGCACUGCAGAGAUGCUCUUUGACUAUAUCUCUGAGUGCAUCUCCGACUUCCUGGACAAGCAUCAAAUGAAGCACAAGAAACUACCCUUGGGCUUCACUUUCUCAUUCCCUGUGAGGCACGAAGACAUUGACAAGGGCAUCCUUCUCAACUGGACCAAGGGCUUCAAGGCCUCUGGAGCAGAAGGAAACAACAUUGUCGGGCUUCUGCGAGAUGCCAUCAAGAGGAGAGGGGACUUUGAGAUGGAUGUGGUGGCAAUGGUGAAUGACACUGUGGCCACAAUGAUCUCCUGCUACUAUGAAGACCGCCAGUGUGAGGUUGGCAUGAUUGUAGGUACAGGCUGCAAUGCCUGCUACAUGGAGGAGAUGCAGAAUGUGGAGCUGGUAGAAGGGGAUGAGGGCCGCAUGUGUGUCAACACUGAGUGGGGUGCCUUCGGGGACUCAGGUGAACUGGAUGAGUUCCUGCUGGAAUAUGACCGCAUGGUGGAUGAGAGCUCUGCGAAUCCCGGUCAGCAGCUGUAUGAGAAGCUCAUUGGCGGGAAGUAUAUGGGAGAGUUGGUGCGCCUCGUGCUUCUCAAACUGGUGGAUGAGAACCUGCUGUUCCACGGGGAAGCCUCAGAGCAGCUACGGACUCGCGGCGCUUUCGAGACCCGAUUUGUAUCGCAGGUGGAGAGCGACUCAGGUGACCGCAAGCAGAUCCAUAACAUUCUGAGCACACUGGGGCUGAGGCCCUCCGCCACUGACUGCGACAUUGUGCGCCGCGCCUGCGAGAGCGUGUCCACGCGAGCAGCGCACAUGUGCUCAGCAGGGCUGGCGGGUGUCAUCAACCGCAUGCGCGAGAGCCGCAGCGAGGACGUGAUGCGAAUCACCGUGGGUGUGGAUGGCUCUGUGUACAAGUUGCACCCCAGCUUCAAAGAGCGAUUCCACGCCAGUGUACGCAGGCUGACGCCCAGCUGUGAGAUCACUUUCAUCCAGAGUGAAGAGGGUAGCGGCAGGGGUGCGGCCUUGGUUUCAGCAGUGGCCUGUAAGAAGGCCUGCAUGCUGGGCCAAUGAGAGCCAGGCUGCGAGGGCUGAACCUGGACUCCAUGGGGACUGCGCUCUCUGUAGUUGCUCCCAGCUCACCAGGGCAGGAAGCUGCCUAUCCUGCUGCUAAUCCUGGAAGAUGGUGAGAGGUCACUGGAGCCCAUCAGGCCUCUUGGCCUUUUCUCCAGAAGUCGGUGGGAGAACCCCAGAGCCCUGGGGUAAGGGGCUGAGAGGAGCAGAAACAGAGACUCCAAAGGCCCUGGCCCUUCCUGCUGAAAUCAACUACUGAGAUGUAGUUGCUCACUCAGGACUUUGUUGCAUUUCCACACUGUCUGCUUCUCAGAGCUGCCAGCCUGGCCUGGGCUCCUGCUUUGAGAUGGGAGUGCCCUUGGGCACCUGCUGUGGCUUGGCUUCUGUGGAAGCUCACCCUGCUUGGGAGGCAGGGGGCAGGCAACUCCAGCAGCUUGGCCAGAUCAGACCUGGGCCCACAGGGGACAGUGGGCUGCUGGUCACCCAGGCCUCACUGUUUCUUGUGUCUGACCCAAGAGGAUAAAGAGCCAUAGGAGAAGGCCCAGCUGUGGGGAGAGGACUUCCCAGUCUGCAGGUGACCCCAAGAGGCCUUUUUCUUCACACACACACACACAACACACACACCCCUGAGAUAGGCCCUUACAGGUGAUGAGACAGAGCCCCCAGUAUCCUGCCCCAAGCGUCCCACAAAAUGGAGGAGGCACCAUCAGGAGUCCUUCAGCCUGCUCCCAGAGGCAGGAAGGUGUCUUUGGCUCUAAGGGCACUAGUCCAGGAAGAAAUCCCAGAAGCAUUCAGCAUACCUCCAAGGGACCAUCUCAGCCCCCUCUCAUCUUCAUCAUAUCUCCCAUGUGUCACACCACCCUUUCCAUGCCCAACCUGGGACUAUGUGGGGUUUUUAAUUAAAAACUUUAAAAAGUUUGAA